GCUGAACACUCUUGCAGGUUGCAGGGAAAUACAAGAGGAGGUUGUGAUGACAAGCUUGCCUUUUUAGCAGAAUAGGACUAUGGAGACAUAAGUGGGACUCUGCAAGGGGCUGCUCAACCCUCUCUGCUCUUAUUGGAGCUAGCCUCACUGCCACUGUUUUGCCAUGAUCUCAGUGACACUGCUUGACCAAUACAGACAAACAACUCUUUUCCAUUCAGCAGGUCACUUGCUGUGCGGCUUCACUAAGCAUCUUGGAUUUAAAACAUGGCUAUUCAUUACAUCAAGCACAAGUUCCUGUGGAUUUAUGUUUACAAUUAGGAGAAACUGUAGAAUAAAACAAUAAUGGAGAUACAACCUAUGAUGAAUUUGGAGGAACAUCAACUUCGGGCAGUUUUAGGAUCACACAAAUUUACAGCACAGGAUUUGUCUUCAGAAAACUCUGUGCUCUCAGCUAACAGCUCACCAGACCACAGAGGGGAUGACUGCAGAGACAGAGUCCAAAGCUGCUUGCUUUUGGACCCAGAUGAGGACAAAACCAAGCUGAAGAAGAGUUUUGUCUCUGUCAAUCAUAACAGCAUUGAAUUUGUGGACACUGUGGGCUUUCAGAGGUCUGAACAGGUGGCAAUCAUUCCUGGGGAAGCACCUCAGGACCCUAGUCCACUGGCCUUCAAUCAGCUUCAUGAAGCAGGUAAUGUGUCCACAUCACCUAGCUCAGCUGAGGACUGUUGUGGUAGCUUUCCACUUCCUGUUCCUGUAGCAGAAUACCAGUCAAACCAGAUAGCUCUGAAAUGUCUCGGACAAACAGGGUAUUUAAAAUGUGAAUGUGUAAAAGCUGACUUCAGGAUUUCAGAGCCAGUCUCAAAUGGCCAUGUCAUCAGAACUCCAGAAGACCCAGGUCCCAUCCUCAAUCUGCACUCCAAUCCUCACCUCACCGUCCCUUCACCUGAUGCCCAGAUAGUCCUGGAUGUCCCAUGCAUUGUGAAACUCAAACUGAGCUCCAUCACCUUUUCAGACUAUAGUUAUACCUCUAGAGCCGACAGCCAUGCAUCUGACAAUGUGAGCUCUGAUGAUGCAGAGUCUUCACCGGAGCAGGAUGGUCACGAUGAUGAUGAUGAUGAUGGAGAUGAUGAUGUGUUCAAAGAGCUGCCUCCAAGUCGAAAUCUCAUUGAAAUUCACAGACAUAGGAUCGCUGGCAAAGACAAACAGAGGCGGAGAGGUACCAUGAGUGGCCUAGAAGAAAUUGAUCACACAGCCAACAGCUGUUAUGCAGCAGAGGGAGAAACCAGCAGUAAUGAGGAAUCCCCACAGGUCACGUUUCCCUGGUCUGAGCCAGUGAGCCAGCUGAUGAAGAAACUGGACCAGCUUAAUCUGGACAUUAAGGAGGUUCUAAGUGCAAGCUCAUCCCGCUCUGACACACCCUGCACCACCCCCAAGAAACAGUGGGGUGCUGUUGCUACAUCCGCAUCAAAUCAAACCCCGAAGAGCCAGCUUCUUCAAAGAAAAGCCAGAGUGGACUGUGCAGACCAAGUUGGGUGUUCUUCUCCUCACAGCACCUCUCAGGGAACAGAAGGAACAAGAGCAGGAACCAAGAAGACGAUAUUCCAUAAGAUGAACAAUGCAGGAAGUACAGAAAUUGAGGCGAAAGAGGCGUGUGACUGGCUGCGGGCAGCAGGAUUUCCUCAAUAUGCUCAGCUCUUUGAAGAUUCCCAGUUCCCUAUUGACAUUACUCCUGUGAAAAGAGAUCAUGACUUUUUGGAUAAAGAUCUCGUGGAACCUCUCUGCAGGCGACUCAACACCUUGAACAAGUGUGCCUCUAUGAAACUUGAAGUGAACCUCCCGAAGAAGAAAAGUGAAGACUCUGAUGAAGAAGACCUGUUUGCUAUCAGUGACAAAUGGACUUUUGAGAGGAACAGCCGGCGUUGGUCCAGGUUACAGAACAUUGACUCUCUGCAGGGAAACCACAGAGAGGAUCAACCCUCCAGGAACAGCGUGCCUCUGAGAGCCACCACAAGCAGUGAGAGUUUUCUGACAGACCUGAGCGAGCCAGAGAUCUCUUCUUUGCACAGUGAGAGCAGUGGGGGUAGUGGCCAUAGGGGCCUCAGCACAGAGGACUCUGACUGCUCCAACCGCACGUGCUCAGAUUCUGCAGUGAUGCCAGACUGUACUUCUCUCACAAUGCCUCAAAUCCCCAAAGAAAUUGCUCACUAUGCCUCGCUACCUGAUAAGCAUGGCAAAACAAGCCGCACCCGUGCCAAAGACUUCCUUAGAGGCAUGGAGACACUACGCUCCCGAGGAACUCUGCAAAGGGGUCAUAAGACUUUGGUCAUCAGCUCUCCAGUGCUCCAGCAGGAGGCACAGGCACUAAAGACACUGCAGUGUGUUGAAAUUAUAAAUGGAGAUGGUGGAGCUACAGAGCCGUCUAACAAAGCUCUGCUGUCCCAGUCCAGUAGUGAGGGUAACAGUCAUUCUAGUGGCAGCACUGUCAGCACACCCAGCCUGAAGGAGCAUAAGCCUCAUCGGACUGACAACAAGCGCAGUGGCAUGUAUUUGGAGGACAUAAAUAUCUUCUCAGACACUCAAAUGAAUAAAGUUGUAGAACAAAAUCACAAGAAUGAAUUCUUCUCCUAUGAAGACCUGGUAGUCCACAUCCCCAAAGACCACAAGCCAGGAACCUUCCCCAAAGCACUCUCCAUAGAGAGCCUAUCCCCAACCAAUGGGGCCUGUAUUAACUGGCACAUCGGCAGCAUGCACCUGGAUUCCUCUCUAAUUUCACACAGAAGGGAUUCCAGACCUGUCACCCAGUGCUGCUCCAGAGGUAGCCGCAUCAGUGUGUAUGAUAACGUUCCUGGCUCACAUCUGUACGCCAGCACUGGAGACCUAAUAGACCUGGAAAAAGAGGAUCUCUUUCCUCAAUUGGAUGAUAUCUUGCUGCAUGUUAACGGUCUGCAGCAGAUAGUGGACCACUGGUCAAAGAAUGUGUUGCCUGGUGGGGAUGGGCUAGUGCAGGUUGAUGAUGACAGGGAAGAUACAGUCGGCCUCCAGAACUCUAGUGAAAUUACAUUGGACUUUGAAGGAAAUUCUGUCGCAGAAAGCCAAACCACACCUAGUGAGGCGGACAGAGACAGAGUAUCGCUUAUUGAGAAAGAAUCUACAAGGCUCUGGGAAAGGAGGGACUCAGGAGUAGGUGCUUCACUCACAAGACCUAAUAGGUUACGCUGGCCCAGUUUUCAAAUAUCUAAUCGCCUAAGUCACUCAGUGGCAUCCCUGCAGAUUACCAACCAGUCAGCAGGCCAGCUGAGUUUGUUGCAGAGGUUUUCUCUGCUGCGCCUUACUGCAAUCAUGGAGAAGUACUCCAUGUCCAGCAAACAUGGCUGGACUUGGUCUGUGCCAAAGUUUAUGAAGAGAAUGAAGGUACCAGACUAUAAAGAUAAGAAUGUGUUCAGCGUGCCUCUCAUAGUCCAUGUACAGCGUUCUGGACAACCCCUGCCCCUCGGCCUGCAGCAGGCUCUGCGGUAUCUCAGGAGCCAGUGUCUUGACCAGGUGGGUCUCUUUCGUAAGUCAGGGGUGAAGUCUCGAAUUCAAGCUCUGCGGCAAAUGAAUGAGAAUUCUCCAGACAAUGUGAACUAUGAGGAUCAAUCUGCUUAUGAUGUGGCUGACAUGGUGAAGCAGUUCUUCAGGGAUUUACCUGAGCCUCUGCUGACCAGCAAGCUGGGGGAGACCUUCCUUCAUAUCUACCAAUAUGUGCCAAAGGACCAAAGGUUGCAAGCAGUCCAGGCAGCCAUCAUGUUGAUGUCAGAUGAAAACCGAGAGGUGCUGCAGACGCUGCUCUGUUUUCUUAGUGAUGUCACUUCCUCUGUGGAGGAGAACCAAAUGACACCCAUGAACAUUGCUGUGUGUCUGGCUCCCUCUCUCUUCCAUCUCAACAUACUGAAGAAAGACAAUCUCUCACCAAGGGCCAUGCAGAAGAAGUAUGCCAUUGGCAGACCAGACCAGAAGGAUCUGAAUGAAAACUUAGCAGCAACACAGGCCCUCGCUCGUAUGAUCAUAGAGUGCAACCGUCUCUUUGAGAUCCCUCAUGAGAUGAUUACUCAGUCGCGCAAUUCAUAUGUGGAGGCUGACUUGCAUGCGCCAACAAUUGAUGAGCUGUGCAAGCAGCUGGAAGAUGAUGAUGGAACAUAUCAAACGCAUAUGGAGGGGAGACUUCAGAACCUGCUGAAAGAGGGCCGGGAAAAGUCCAAACACUGGGUGUCGUGUAGCAGUUCUGAUAACACAGAGGUCUCCUAUAAGAAGGUGGGAGAUGGGAACCCUUUGAGACGCUGGAGAGUGUCUGUAGAGGUGGAAGCACCACCAUCUGUGGUGUUGAACCGGGUGCUGCGAGAGCGCCACCUGUGGGAUGUGGACUUGCUGCAGUGGAAAGUGUGUGAGACACUGGACAUGCAGGCUGAGGUGUUUCAGUUUGUCCUCAAUAGCAUGCCCCCUCAUCCCAGCAGGGACUUUGUAGUACUCAGGUCAUGGAGGACAGACUUGCCCAAAGGUGCAUGCUCCCUAAUUUCUGUGUCUAUAGAGCAUGAGGACUGUCUUCCUAUAGGAGGGGUGCGAGCUAUUGUCCUGGAGUCCAACUAUUUGCUAGAGCCCUGCGGCUCUGGAAAGUCCAGACUAACUCACAUCUGCAGAGUGGACUUAAAAGGAAGGACUCCAGACUGGUACAACAAAGCCUUUGGUCACCUUUGUGCUGCAGAAGCUGCCCGGAUCCGUGACUCCUUUCAGCCAAUAAUCGCAGAUGGUCCAGAGACAAAAAUCUGAAACCCUUUGCCAGGUGUGUCUGCUUAGCCUUGAGAUCAAGACUGAGCCUUUGAGUCACUACUAAAUAGCAGACACAGAGCAUAGACAAGACCCCAGAGCUAAAGCACAGUUUACUCAGUCUGUUCCAUAGUACAAUUAUUCUUAAAAUAAUUUUGAGCUCCUCUGUACUUGCACAGUGACAAAAGAGGGCACAUUCUAGGUGCUAAGCAUAAUUAGUCCAUGGGAAAUUAAUAUUCCUGCCAGUGUCCUUAGCAUUAUAAUUUUCUUUACCUUGAUGUUGCCAAACCUGUUAUUAUAAUAACAAUUAACUUUGAUAAUUUUAUUAUAUUAUUGUUGCUGUAAUCUACAAUGUCUAGGACAUUCAAGCUCUUAAAUGCUUCUGGGAAGCAAGUUAUUCAUUUCAGAUUUAAAGCUAUAAUUAUUAUUAUGGACACUCAAGUGUCUGUAUAUGUGUGUGAGUAUACUGUACAUGCAAGC